AUGCCAAGCAGCGGCUGUGCAGGGGUGGUGCCCGAGGUGAAGCCGGUGGGUGGGAAGCCGGCCCCCCUUCUGAGGUCUCGCACCCUGCCGGCCAUCGUCGUGCCGGGUCUCAGCAUUCUCCAGGCGCAGAUCGACGCCAGAUACAAACACGCCGAGGGCGACAAAGCAACAGACGGGAGGUCGGCUGCUAGACUCUCAGCGCCUCGCAUUGCCUUCACUGACGACUCGACUCCCGUGAAGUCAUGCUCGGACCCUGCACAGUCUGGUGGAGCCAGUGGCACCGUGGAUGGGUUGCUCUGUCUGCCCACACCGCGGGCUUACAGGAUGUCUACUCCUGGAGCCGGUGCGAGCAGCACUGCUCUUUACCGACUAGCCAAGCUGUUGAAUCAGCGCAGCCCUGCCUCGGGGAACAUAACAUCCGCGAGCGGAAGUUCCGGCGAGAACACCACUUCCUUGCACCCACCUCGUCGGCUCAGCUGGGAAAGGCCCUUCGUCAGUCCAGGCUUUGCAAAGCAGAUCAUGCCUAUCUUGCGUAUCUCAUGCUACGACGGCAGCUUAGUCACUUGA